AAGAGAAACGCCAUACUGUAGUCAGGGCUAAAGAAGAAAAGGCAAGAAAGGAUAAAAGCAAGAGGUUGUGGAGAAGAAGCUCUGAGUGUGAAAACUGCAGCAGCAGGAAGUGGUCCUCCCAGUCCUUGAUGUGGGUGAUGUCGUCAUCUAUGCAAGCCAUGGUGAAGGACAGAUGGCUGCAGAAAAAUGUUGCUGUCCUUCCUGACUGUGUGUAGCGUGGGAGCAGUUGUCCUUUAUGGCCUGUACUCCUGGUUGAUUCCUGCAGUUGUGCAAUACAAUGGGUGGUGUGCGCUGUUCUGGCAUGACAUCAUCGUUGAAAAGACACUUGACACACUGACACGAUCCACCCGACCCCAGCGACUUCUAAAAGCAGUUCAGGAGAAGGCAAUGAAAGGAGACCCUCAGAGUGUCAUAUCUACAAUUGAUUACUUCUGCAGGCAUUCUGAAUGGGCAAUGAAUGUGGGUGAUGAGAAAGGGUCAAUUUUGGAUUCUGUGGUGUGUGAAGUUAGUCCGACCACAGCCCUGGAGCUCGGCACGUACUGUGGCUACUCCACUGUGCGUAUUGCCCGUCUGCUGCCCCCUGGCACCCAGCUCAUUACCCUUGAGUUCAACCCGGCCUUUGCCGCUGUGGCUCGCCAGGUCAUUGAAUAUGCUGGGCUUCACAACAAGGUAUGUCUGGUGGAAGGAGCCUCUGGAGAUAUGAUCCCUAAAAUGCGUGAGAUGUUUGGGAUUAAAACAUUCGAUUUUGUCUUCUUAGACCACUGGAAGGACCGUUAUCUCCCUGAUAUCAAACUUUUAGAGGGGUGUCAACUGCUAAGGAAAGGCUCCAUACUGCUGGCAGACAACGUUAUCUGUCCUGGAACUCCGGAGUACUUGGAGUAUGUCAGAAACAGCCCACACUACAAGAGCAUGUAUUACAAAUCUCACCUGGAGUACACUAAAGUGGAGGAUGGUCUGGAGAAAUCUGUGUUCUUGGGAUGAAAGUGAUACAUGCCUUAGUUCAGAUUUAAUAAAACCUACCACAGCUAUGUUUGUUUACUUCUUUGUUCCCAUUACUGCCAUUGCACACACUAAGAAGGCACUAAGAAUGCUUAACAUCUACAGUAAUUGCAAGAGGCUUCUUUCUAUACUGUGGUAUUAUUACUGCAAUUGUGGGUUUGAUGGAUUUUUAGCCCUCUAUCCAUCGCUUUGUGGAGCACAGAUGAGCAGAUAUAUUAUCCCACUCCAAUAAGUAUUUAAAUUGAUUUAGUUUUGUGUAAAAUGAGUCACAUCAAGGUCAAA